CAGAUCAAAUUUUGUAGGCUACCUGCCGAGAUUUGCAUCAGCCCAAAUGACCGUUAUCACCCGCGAGGUGGACGCAAUUCUCGGCAGGAAUUCGGCACAACCUGUCUGGAACGCGGCGUUCCUCUUCACUGCUUCCUCCUCUGUGGUGAAAAAAUGUUUUAUGCACCUGACCACACCUGCCAGGUGACUUCACUAGUGAGAAACAACUAAACUAGCGAGGUCGCUACUCGUAGACAAAGUUACGGAUUGUCUCGGCGAUGCGACCGCAAUAAAACAGACAAAUCAACAAAUGUGGCAAAAAAUGACUUUAAGCAUCUGGAAGAAGCUUUGCUAAAAGUUAGUCUGGACAGUGCAACAGGUAUUGAGUGAAAAGAGAGAAUUUAAUUUAUAAACUCAAGAAUGUCUGGCCUUAGUGGUCUAAUCUCAGAGCCACAGGAGAGCGGCAGCUUAGAGGAAAGAAGGGAGAGUACAGAUGAGGAAGAAGAUGAUUUAAAGGAGGAGGAAGAUCAGGAAGAGGAGAUGACCAGCUUUGCGACUCUGGAGUCGGCCACUUUGCCAAGGACCGGAGACACAGACAAAAGGCCUCAGAUGGACACUGAUGAUGGAGACUUGUCAGAAAAAAGAGUUUCAGAGCCUGAAGAGAGGGACACUGGGAUCAGUGAAGGAAGCCAGGACCUACCAGAGGAGCAGAGCCAAACGGAGAGCAACACAAAGGGCAAAGCCAAGUGGAGGGACAGCAUGCCUGAGGGCGAGAGGUGGAGGGACGAUGAGAUGGAGUUGCAGCGGGAUGAUAAAGGCGACAGCUCACUGGCUGAUAAAGAGGAGGAAGAAGAGUUGGAUAGGAUCUCAGAGAAAGCCGCUCUGGGUUUCACUCCCCUAGUCACGAUUGUGCGUCCGUCCAGCAAAGAGUUUCCUGAGGAGAGCAGGUUCUUCAUAGAGAAGGACGACAAGACGGAGCCGCAGAUGGUGCCCAACUCAGCAGCACAGUUUUACCCAGAGUGGACAGAACAAGACGACAAGUACUACGUAUGUGAGAGCCUGUGUUGUGAAAAACUGAAGAUGGCUCUGGCAACCGUGGCCGCAGGAAUCCUCUUCCCUCUCCUGGUGUGGGGAGGUUACGCCUUCCUUCCCUUUGACGCACCGCUGCUGGAGAGCACCCCUCUCAGGGUGGUGUACACACUACGCUGCUCCUUCUUCGCCAUCAUCCCCAUCCUGCUCGGGUUGAUGGUGCAGGGUGUGGCCCGACUGCGCUACAGCUCCCUGAAGCCCCUCUAUCAGAGUAAACUGGUGAACAAGAAGGUGGCGGUGCACCAGCACUAUGUCAACGAAUCGAUGGCCCUCUUCCUCUUCUACUUCCUGCAGCUCACUGUUAUGGCGACCUACAUCAGCCAGGACCUGGUGAAGUUGGUGCCACUGCUCACCAUCGUAUUUGUUUUCGGCAGGCUGAUCUACUGGCUCUGCCUCUCUCUGGGCAGCAGCAUCAGGGGUUUCGGCUUCGGCUUCUCCUUCUUCCCCAUACUGGUCAUGCUGGGCGCCAACCUGUACUACGUCUGCUCGUCAGUCGACCAAGAGGCGGUUUUCGAUGACACACCUCCCACGACGCCUCCUCCUAAGUGGAGCUGGUGGGGUUAAAGGGCGACGUCCGAAAAGGCGGUGAGGAGUUAAGAGACUGAGUAUUGUUGUGUCAUUAUAUCAAAAGCUGUUUACAAUCUGCAGUCAGCCGGGGAAUGGCGGACUCCGUCACUACAGAGAAAACACUUGGUAUCAAAAAUUAGUUUUAUUUCAUGAAUAUCUAAGGAAUAAGGAUUAAAAAUUUAUUUGGUGUUUCUUCACAAAGAAAUCAAUGACAUGAAGCAGGUUGUGGGUACAUUUGUAGCUUGAAUCUUCUCUGUAUUAAAAAAAUAUUUGUGUCGGUAGUUGAAGCUGAAAAGGUUUACAUACACCAACAACUGAUAAAUCAAGUUUUUGGGACAGUAUGAGGAAUUUAGUAUUUGGAUAUUAUGCAGCCAAAUUAAGACUGAAAAAUUAGACUUGAAACCUAAAAACUGUCUUUCUGAAAACUGUUUUCUAUUGUCUUAUUGAUAAAAGGCUUUACUUUGUUUAUAGCAAGACUUGCUGUUGGGCUAUUUGUGGAUAGCUUCUUUUCUUGUGUGUAUGAGUAUUUAAAGUAAAUCUGAUCAAUAUUUUGGAUGAGUUCAAUAAAGCUUCAUUAACAAAUAUGA